UAAAUCAAGUUUCUGUUGUGUCGUUUCACGUGUUGCACUUUUUUGUUUUUGAAUUUGACAAAAUUGGAUAGGAAAGAGGGAAUAUGCCAAGGCGACUACUAUUUUUAGUAGUUAUAAUACUUCUGUAUGGAUGCUUUCCGAUUGCUAUAUGCCGCACAGCCACUCCCACAGCUCAGCAGUUAAAGGAAAUAGCAAAAUUAAGAAGCGAACUGAAUGUGAAACUGGCAGGUGAUACUGAACGGGAAGGCGUCGUAGUACAACCAGGAUGGACUAAGCAUAGUCCAGCGUCAGGCUCUCAAGGGUCUAAGGUAAUUGUCAAUGAUGCGAAUUUACGAUCAGCUGCUGCCUGGCGUCAAGAAAUCCAACAAGCGGUAGCCACCCAAGGUAAUACCAAGGAGGUAGAGGCACUUGAUGCUCAAGUCAAGGCCCAGCAAGAUAAAAAAGCAUCCGUUGGCAACGUUGGCAGUAUUCAAGAUGAAAUGCUAGGCGCCAGUCUUGAACCGAUUCCGGAUCAAAAGGGUGAACCUAAUGUUGUCGACUCUUCAUUUCAUAUGGAACUCGAUUUGGAGAAAUUGCAACUUCUGGAACUAUCGAAAAGAAGAACUCGUGAAAUGCUAAUUCUAAAAGGCGUUGAAGAAAAUUUCAAUAUCAAUUUGGAAUUGGGUAUAAUACAAUAUCUACAAUUGAGACACAAUGGCAGUAACUAUAUCCUGGGUAGAAGAAUUAACGAUAUGGUAAUCUAUCGAGAGGAUUUCACGAUCCUACAGAUUGUGCAAUUGCCCGGAUCUAUCCAUGCUAUGGAAAGUUUUGAUUGGUUUCUUUUGAUUGCGAGUGAGAAAAAUAUAAUUUGGCUUAGAUUGGAGGGCGAGGAGGGCGGUUUGAAGAGUUUUUGGCUUUGGCCCAUGGGCUAUGAGAUUGAAAGGUUUCGUUUAUUUGCAGUGGAUAGAGGAACCUAUCUUAUCUCCAAUCAUAAUCAAUCGUUGAAUAUAUUUAGUAUUGACUUGGAAACCCAAGAAUUUGGAAUUAUUCAGCACAUGCAAAUGAGAAAGGAUAUUACAGCAAUGAGCCUUCUGGAUACAGGACGUGACUUAUGCUUAGCUCUAGGUCACUCUGAUGAGGUACUUAUUUAUCUGCAUAAUUUGGGAAAUGAUUUUCUUAACUUUCGUUUUAGUGAAAGAAUUGAGGCAGAGAAUUUGAUUGAUAUAACUAGCUUUCAAAUGGGUGGACGCAGCUAUUUAGCCCUGGGCGGGACACUUCCUAAAAUUGUUUACUACGAUCAAGGAAAAUUCCUACCACGCACAAUUUUGGGUCAGAAUUUUGGUCUAGUCGAAUCCUAUUUACCUCUUCCGAUACGUAGUUAUCGGGAUGACCUUUUGUUGCUCAUCCAGCAUCGUGUGGAUUUUGAUCCUCACUUUUUGGUCGUUAUCGAUCUGGUCAUAUGGAACGGUGAGGCAUUCGAGGCGAGUCUGCCACCGCCCUGUCAUGUGAUGAACCACAUUAGUUAUGGGCUUCAGUGUAUUAUAGAUGACAGGCGUAUAGAGGGUCUCAGGGGAGCACUUUUCAUGGGACAACAAUUGUUAUUGGUGCCACGACAAAACCCAGCUCCAACUGGUGUAUUUCAUUUGCAAACUGAGCUAUUGCCCAGAAAUUCAGAAUUGCAUGAUCUCCAGGAGAUAUAUGAAUUCAUGCAGCAAUGGGUAAAGGAAGAGGACAACUUGCAAGAACUAAGCGAGAAACUUCUUUUGCCAUCAACUGGAAACUUUGAAAGUUUUGACGAAAUCUUUGCUCCGGAAGUGAUCAAUGAUGGCAAUGCCCAAAUAAAACAGCUUCUCGUGAAUGACAUGACCUGGUCUCCGCAAGAGGAUAGCAAAUUGAAUUUACUUCAUCUUCUGGAGGACAUCAAAGCAUUGGAGCGUGAAAUUGUUGAUCAACAACCGAAACGUGGCAAACGACAAAUACCUGUUGAUCUAUUUCGAUUUCAUUAUGAAUCCUUGGACUUUGAUGCUGUGGAAGUUGAGGAAUUGUUCCUAAAGCAAUUAAAUCAAGAAAACUUUUAUAUACAAAAUGCAACUUUACAAUUUCCCCAAGGUUCUCUCAAUGUUGAGAACUUUGAAUUGUUGGAAAUAUUCGAGGGCAAGGAAAUGGGCAAAAAGGAGUCUCUAGUUUUGGACAAUGAUUUGGAAUUUGAAUAUAUUAAUGGUCAGUCAUGGCAAAAGUUCAUUGCUCAAGAUGUGGUAUGGAGAGAUCAACCGCUUCAACUAGAUGAAUUGGAGGUUGAAGGGCCUAUUAUAUUUGAGGAUUCAUUGCAUCUUACAUCCCUGAAUGAGUUGAGUUUCCCCGAUGAUUAUCUGUGGUCUCAGGGUAACAGCACUACCAUAAUACAAGCCCCCAAGGAGUUCACCCAAACUUUAUCUGUCAACUCAAUGGAUACUUCGGGAACCAUAAAUGGCAUCGAUCCCUUAGACGCCAUAACCUUAAGUGAUGAUCAGGAUUGGCCCGGCACCAUAACAUUCACCCAACUCGAGGUCUCUGAAGAAAUGGAAGUGAAAGGCAGAGCUCAGGGAAAUGAAGAAAUUCCCUUGAAUCCCACAUUAAGAGAAAGCCAUCAAAUUGAUUCUGCCUGCUAUUUUAAUGAGUUAAUAGUCCAGGGACCAGUCCAUAUAAGAGAAACUUUAGAUAACGAAAAUUUCGAUUCGUUAUUUGGGGACUUGGUGCAGCGCCCAGAUGAUCCCAAACAUGAGCUCAUCAUACCAAGUUUAAAGGAAACAGAGCAAUUGAACUUACCAAUAGAUUCACAUGUGGAAGAUGGUAGAUUGAGUGAGAUACCAUUGGAAGAUUUUGUAACGAAAAAUACAGAACAGAUACUAAGGAAUUUAACUCAUCUCAAUGCCCACGUCUACUUUUAUCAAUUGAGAUUAGCGGAAAAUAAAACCUAUGAUGGUGUCCAACUGGAUCGACUUAUGAAUGAAGGCAUAUUCAUAGAUCAACCUAUAAAUUCACCACAAAUGAAUCUAAACUUUAUUGUAAAUCCCGAAUUUCAUGAUUUAAAAGUUAUAUCCAAAUUGAAUAAUCUAUUUCUGGCCAAAGACUAUCAGACACUCAACGAAGACUAUUAUACUGAAAGUGCUAAUUUCGAUUUACUGCAGAUUAAACAAGCCGAUGUUGGUUAUGAUAUUACAGGAGAGGGUUUGCUAAAUGGUUACCAUAAUUCCGAUGAUAUCUAUGUUCAAGAAUUAAUACUACCCCAGGGACUGAACACCGAAAACCUUCAAGGCGUCAACGCUGAUUACUUGCUAAAGUUCCUAAAUCAACAAUUGGAUGAGUUGCCUCUACUUGUGCUCUAUGGUCAGUUAAAUGUAGAAAAGAUGCUUGUAAGUGGGGACAUACAAAUCCACUCGAAGCUCAACAAUCUAGACUGGUCGCAAUUGGAGCGUGAAGUCGUGUGGUUGGAUCGCCCGAAUGAGUUAAAAACCCGUUGGCUAUGCAAAAAACAACCGAUUUUCGCCAAGAAUUUAAAUAUUGAAGGAAGCUAUAAUGGAAUCAUGUUGCCGGAGAUUCUAGAUGACAUUGUCUAUCGUCGUGAGAAUGAAGAAAUUGUUAUAAAGGGCCCCAAGAGUUUCAGUUCACCAACAAAAGUUGUGGAAAAUCUACAAAUUGAGGCCUUAAACGGCAUUUCCUUUGAUCAGUUGGCUCAAACGAAACAUCCCUUAAAUAUCACUGGCAAUGUUCAAUUAAAUGGCAAUCUAUAUGUUUUGGAUUUGCAUUUAAAGGGUAACCUAAACCAUGAGAAACCUCAGGAACUGGAAAAGUACUUGGUCUGGAAUAAUACACUAGAUUCAUUUGUAAUGAAAGGAAUCUGGCAUUCACCUCGCAUCACAACUGACGAACUUAUUGUUCUUGGUCAUUUUGGAAAUCAAAGUCAUCUGCCACUUGGAAACUUCUUUGAUCGAUUAAUUUAUAAAAAUCAAGAUAAUAUAAAAUUAGAAAGUCAUCAAUUUUUCACUGGACGCGUUGAUAUAAUUGAAGGAGCAAACAUAGAAGUUAUAAAUAAUUUUCCCGUUGGCAAAUUAUUAAAAGAUAUGAUAUUCUUAGAUGAUCAGGAUGAUAAGAUUAUCAUAGAUGCACCCAUUUCAUUUAAAGCUCCAAUUCAGAUGAAUCAACUUUAUGCAGAGCGUUUCAUUUUACCCGGCGAACUGCUAAAUGGCUGCAAUGUAACCGACUGGCUAAGGGACACGAUCAGAGUGGACCAAGACUGGCAGAGCGAUGUUGCUUUAACUUUUCUCACUGGUUCUUUGGAUAACAAUGCUCUCAGAGUAAAUCAUUUGAAUGACUUGGAUCUAUCGAAAGUUGUCACCCUAAAUAAGGCACAAAAUUUCAGUGAGAAUUUAAAUAUUGAUGAUCUAUAUUUAGAUGGUGAAAUGAAGGUCGAAGGUUUGGUCAAUGAAAGAUCUUUACGGGAGGAAUACGAAAAUACUCUAAUGAUUAAUUCUCCCAAAGAACAACGUGUGGAGACACCUUUAAUACUGCCCUUGCUCCAUGUUUCUAACUCUCUAGAGACAUUAGCAGCUGUAAAUGGGAAUUCUAAUCUUAAUUUAAGCAAUGUUGCCACUCUUAAUGAAAGAGAACUUAAUAUACAAUCGCCAUUGUAUCUGGGAAGGUUACAUAUACCCGAUUUGAAGAGCGACUACAUCAUCAAUACAUUCAAUUUCACCAACUGGUAUAUGAACAGUCUUUGGUCACAGGGCAGAGCACAACAGAUUAUUUCUGGAAAUUGGAGGGUUAAAGAUUUGAGGGUCAAACAAACUCCCCAUAAUCUUUAUCGGCGCCAAGCUACAAAAUUAUGUUCGCAGUUUAAUCAGAUGUUUGAUCUACUGAAUCUGCCCUAUCAACUGAAAAAUCUAAAGCGCAGUUUUAGCUUGAGACAGGCUAAAAAUCAAUCAUCAAUACGUCGAGUAUUUGCAGUGGAGAAGCCAAAGCAAAAGGAAUAUUAUCUAAUGAUUAAUGAGGUCGGAUGCUGGACGAGAAUUUACAAAUGGAAUGGUACAAGAUUUCAUCAUAAUGGGGCCUUUCAAAGUGGUCCCAUUGAUGAUGUAAAAGUCAUACAAUCCACCGAUGAACAAUUCACCUUCAUGACCAGCUAUGAGUUAGAGGAUGAUGAGCACGAGACCAAUUGGAAUUGUACGGGACUAAAUCGAUUGCAAAGUUGGCGCACCGAAAACGAAAUGGAACUGGAACCUUUCGAUCUACCUGUACAAACAAUGGAAGAUCUCAGGGAUCGGUAUGAAGAGCCGCAAUAUCAGCAGGCCUUUAGAUAUUUGCAUAGACCCAAAAUUGAAAGUGAUUUCAAGUACCGUGUAGAUGCCAAAGAUGAUAAGGCUGAAAGUAUUGGGCGUGUACAUCAACGUUUGUUGAAAAAUCUAAUAUUCCGUUUACAGACCGAAAUUAAUAUUACCCAAUUGAUGAUACCCGAAAGCGAUUUAUACGACAAUUAUCUAAUUGAAGAUUUUCUACAUUUAAUGCAUGAUUUGGAGGGCUUUCAUAAGGAAUUGCCUACCGAAACAUUGCAUUUACCAGACAGCCCGGCCAGAGUUUUAGCUGCCCGCAGUUCUCAACUUAUAUGGAAUGUGCUGCAGGAGUUAUACAGAACGAUGAAGGAGGGCGGCGAAGGAAGGGAAAAUGAGAUUAUGCUUCUAGAACAAACGCUAAUGGAUGUGCUCCUCAUGGCAAAUAAUAAUCAUACUUUGGAUAAUACCAAACAAUUGCACGAUGUAAUUCAAAGACUGCGAGAAUUACAGCACGAAAUAAAGGCCAAUAAGUAUGAUGGCGAUGAUAUAUCUACAUCUGCCAGUACUAGACAGGACACUUACCAACUGGGCAGCGGCUAUUGGCGUCCCAUUCAAACCAUACGCAUGCAUGUGGGAUCAUCCCAACGCCCACGUUUGCUCUACGCCCGUUUAACGUUGCUCUCAGGCGAGUCCUUGCCUCCGGCUACACCAUCGACAGCUCCUCCUGCUCACAUUCAAUUGCAUUAUGCCAACGGAUCGCUUUUCCAAUCACUGGCAGCUGAUCGGCAGACGCGUCAACUGUGUGCAUUGCGAAUAAAGGAUGAGACUCUUCUCGCCUUUGUGGAGGGUUGUUGCCGCAUACGCGUUUUCAUCUACCGCGGAGUACAGGGCUUUGUGGUCUUCUCUCAGUUUGAAGCGCGAGGAGCCACAUCGGAUUCACCAGUUUUGCAAUUAAAGGCUUUACGAUUACCCCUACAAAAACCACCGGGGGCACAGUAUGUCUUUGCUGUGAUACUGAGUAGAAAGGUGACGUUCUAUGAAGUAGUUAUAUCUGGACUGUUAGAACCUUGGUUUCAAUGUAAAUAGAUAGUCCUCAAGUUUAUUGUUACAUCUGAAUUAUGAAUUAUACUUUGUUAUUUGUUAAUAAAAAAAUUCUUUAAAUA